AUGUUCGCACAAAUCGCAAAAGUCCGCGCGAGUCUUUUCCAAAUAAAUGGGGUGAAGAAAGAGCCCCUCAUUCUGCCAGAGGCAGAGGGCAUGCUCACCACACUGACUGAAAAAGUAUAUGUGCCGGUCAAGGAACACCCAGAUUUCAACUUCGUGGGCAGGAUUCUCGGCCCCAGAGGUAUGACUGCCAAACAGUUGGAGCAGGAGACUGGCUGCAAAAUCAUGGUCAGAGGAAAAGGUUCCAUGAGGGAUAAGAAGAAGGAGGAUGCGAACAGGGGCAAGCCGAAUUGGGAGCAUCUAGCGGAUGAUCUUCACGUGUUGCUCACAGUGGAGGACACUGAAAAUCGGGCGAAGGUAAAGCUCGCCAGGGCCGUCGAGGAGGUGAAACGCCUGCUCAUCCCUCAAGCCGAUGGCGAAGAUGAAUUGAAGAAACGCCAGUUGAUGGAACUGGCCAUUAUAAAUGGCACGUACCGCGACUCAAGCGCAAAGGGUGUGGUACCGGUCAACGGUCAGUGCGUAUUAACUGACGAGGAGUGGCGUCGCGUUGCCGCGGAGACUCAGAGGCUCCUCGCCCCGACGGGGGGAGUAGGCAGCGUGGCCCUGCGUACCCAGGCGCCCCUCGGUGCGCCCUUGAUCCUCUCCCCGCGCAUGACCACUGGGCCGGGAGCUCAAGCUAGCCUGCUUAACGGUACAGGCGCGGGCGCAGCGGCAGGACUCCUCUCACCGGGCGAGCAGGCGCACCAGCUGAUCUACGCAUCGCCCUACGCUGAUUACGCCAACUACGCUGCGCUGACAGCCGCCGCCAAUCCGCUCCUGACUGCGGAGUACGCUGCCGACCAUAACGACACAGAUGAUAAAUAUCCUGUGCCGCUAGGUGUCGUGCGGAGGGCGGGACGUCUAGCGCAAGUGAGGGAGCACCCUUACCAGCGCACUGCCUUACCCGCGCCUUAA